CGGACAGGUCCCCUGCACACUCGCACAUCUAUCUCAUGGUGUCCCAAGCACAGCAAGAGCCAGCAGCUCUGCCUCACAGCAGCAGCAGCAUCGCCAAGGCCAAGCUCGCAGCCGCCGCGUCCAUGGACACUAGCCCGGCCCCGCCUGUCCUCCUCCGCGCCCCGACUCCCAGCAUUGACCUCCCCGCGGCCAAGCAGGACUCCAGGGCCGACGCGGCGGCCAGCAAGGCGUUCGACCUGGGCCGGGAGCCCAAGAUCCCGGCGCCGUUCGUGUGGCCGCAGGACGACGCGCGGCCGGCCGCGGCCGCGGCGCUGGACGUGCCGGUAGUGGACGUGGGCGUGCUGCGCAAUGGCGGCGGCGACCGCGCGGCGCUGCGGCGCGCCGCGGCGCAGGUGGCCAAGGCGUGCGCGACGCACGGCUUCUUCCAGGUGUGCGGGCACGGCGUGGACGCGGCCCUGGCGCGCGCGGCGCUGGACGGCGCCAGCGACUUCUUCCGGCUGCCGCUGGCGGAGAAGCAGCGCGCCCGGCGCGUGCCGGGCACCGUGUCCGGGUACACGAGCGCGCACGCCGACCGGUUCGCGUCCAAGCUCCCCUGGAAGGAGACCCUCUCCUUCGGCUUCCACAACGGCGCCGCGUCGCCCGUCGUCGUGGACUACUUCGCCGGCACCCUGGGCCGGGAUUUCGAGGCAAUGGGGCGCGUGUACCAGAGGUACUGUGAGGAGAUGAAGGCUUUGUCGCUGACGAUCAUGGAGCUGCUGGAGGUGAGCCUGGGCGUGGAGCGCGGCUACUACCGGGACUUCUUCGCGGACAGCCGGUCCAUCAUGCGGUGCAACUACUACCCGCCGUGCCCGGAGCCGGAGCGCACGCUGGGCACGGGCCCGCACUGCGACCCCACCGCGCUGACCAUCCUCCUCCAGGACGACGUCGGCGGGCUGGAGGUUCUCGUCGACGGCGAGUGGCGCCCCGUCGUGCCCGUGCCCGGCGCCAUGGUCAUCAACAUCGGCGACACCUUCAUGGCGCUGUCCAACGGGCGGUACAAGAGCUGCCUCCACCGCGCGGUGGUGAACCGGCGGCAGGAGCGGCGGUCGCUGGCCUUCUUCCUGUGCCCGCGCGCGGACCGGGUGGUGCGCCCGCCGCCCAGCGGCGCCGUCGCCGCGGCGCCCCGCCGCUACCCGGACUUCACCUGGGCCGACCUCAUGCGCUUCACGCAGCACCACUACCGCGCCGACACCCGCACGCUCGACGCCUUCACCCGCUGGCUCUCCCGCGGCCCGGCCCAGGACGCCGCCGCGGCUACCACCUAGCGGCGGCGGCCAAGUCUCUUUCGCCGGGCGGGCGGGGUCCCAGCCCACGUGCGCCCCCAGGUGGGGCGGGCCCGUGGGCAGGUGGCGGCCUCGUGCCCCGCGGGCCCCGCGCCGGCUUCCCAUUUUUGGACGCUGCCGUGCGCGCGCGUGCCGGCUGCGUGCGCGACGACGGCCUACUGCUACACCUACCUCCUAGUGUACAUAUACAAACAUAUAUAUACAUAUAUAUAAGCAAGCGCGCGCUUUUUUUCUUCUUCUUAUUUUGUCUCCAAUCGCUUGCUCGUGAUGCGAUGGAUGAUGGAUCGAUGUUUGUACUCAACCACGUAGAUGGGCCGGCUCGUGUUUUUUUUUUUAAAUAAGGCUCGUGAAAUUUUCGAAAUC